CGAACGUACGGUAUUAGGUUGAGCAAUCUAUUUGGUGGAGUGUUUUCUGUCGAUUUUAACACUGAGUGCUCGGAGCAACCUAAUCUUUUUCCUAUUGAUGGGAAGAACAGGGAUAAAAAAAACAAUACAGCAGCUGCUAGCAUCUACUCGAACUUUACUUUUAUUACCUACAGAAAAAAAUUAUGGGUUGUUUUUCUUUGAACGGCGACCAAAGCUUGCCUAAUCCUGUAACCGGAAUUUUCAGUAACCAGUGUUACCACUUUUCAACCGACGCGGUUACUUUUCGUUUGGUCAUAUUUUCGCCAUUCGAACCAUAGCCUAGUUUUUUUUUUGUAUAUAUUUUUCAAAUUUCAACUCUUCCACUUUUUCCAGUUUUUUCUAUUUGAAAUUGAUCUAGUUUUCAGUUUUCAUCACCUCCUAGCUUUUAAUUCAAAGAGAAACAAUCUACUCAUCAUGUUGGACGAAAAAAUUGCUACAUUAUUAAAAGACAUAAAGCGACUCAAAGAUAAACUGCGAGAAAAAGAAAAGCUACUAUUUGUCCAUUUGCAAGAGAAAAAUAAUAAUUUGACUACAUGCAAGUACUCUAAAGGCUUAACUAAAGAAGAAAUUACCCGCUACAGUCGUCAGAUGUUAGUCAAAGAAAUUGGCCUAGAAGGACAACUGAAACUGAAAAAUAGCAAAGUACUUAUAGUAGGAGCUGGAGGGCUUGGAUGUCCUGUUUCUGUGUAUCUUGCUAGUGCAGGAAUAGGUGAAAUAACAAUAGUUGAUUAUGACGAUGUAGAAUUAUCCAAUUUGCAUAGGCAAAUUUUGCAUACAGAAGAUGAUAUUGAUCACCCUAAAGUUAAUUCUAUCUAUGACAAAUUGCACAGCAUUAACAGAAACCUGAAAAUAAUCCCUAUAAAGCAACAUAUGGACAGUCACACAAUAAAACAACUAUUAGACUCAAAUACAUUUGAUGUAGUUGUUGAUGGCAGUGAUAAUGUGGCGACAAGAUACCUUUUAAAUGAUGCCUGUGUUUUGAACAAUAUACCUUUGGUCUCUGGCAGUGCCCUACAACUAGAAGGACAGCUGACUGUUUAUAAUUAUAAUGGGGGCCCUUGCUAUAGAUGUCUGUUUCCUGUACCACCACCUCCAGAAACUGUUACUAGUUGUGGAGAUGGGGGUGUUUUGGGACCUGUUCCUGGACUAAUUGGCGUUCUCCAAGCCCAUCAAACCAUUCUAAUCCUCACAAAUUCUUCCGAUGGUGUUUUGUCACAAAGAUUUUUGGUAUUUGAUGGCUCAAGUGCAACAUUCCGUAAUGUAAAACUACGACCAAGGAAUAUUAAUUGUGCUGUUUGUGGUGAUAAUCCUCUGAUAACGGAACUUAUCGAUUACGAACAAUUUUGUGGCGCUGGGGCACAUGAUAAAGUAGAAAACAUAAAUAUUCUUUCAAAAACACAACAUAUAGAAGCGGAAGAGCUUCCUAAGAAGUUGGGCACUUCCUUAAUACUAGAUGUCAGGCCUCACUUGCAGUUUGAUUUAUGUCAUUUGCCUUAUACAACCAACUUACCGUUUGCAGAAAUUGAAAAACCAGAUGCGCUGGAUCUGGUUAAGCGUUUGGUUAAAAAUAUUGAUGCAGAUAAUGAAGUAAUCGUUUUGUGUAGACGAGGAAAUGACUCUCAGAGAGCUGUUAGCCUCUUGAAACAGAAAUUAUCAGAUUUACCAGUGAAUUUUUUAAAUGUUAAAGGUGGAUUACACGCAUAUUCAAAGUAUGUGGAUUCAGAUUUCCCAGAUUUUUAAUAGAGAAUUGAUAAUUGUGACCUAUUAGUUUUUCUUGCAAAUAAUUACGCAAAAUUUACGAUGACAUAACUUUGAUAAAAUAAAAUCCUUCUUCUAACCUGUAGCUUAAGGAGGGCUUUCCAGUUUUUUUUUCCAUUAGUACCUAUGGAAGUUUGCAAACUAGUCCAAGACUGGUAAAGAGGUCUGCCUCCCAAGUAUAUAUUUUUUCUACAACCAUUCCUAACUUCCCAAAACAUUCUUUCUCUCUGUUUUUGAAAAAGUAAUACCUAUGCACUUAUAUGUAUUGAUACAGCUGCGGAUGCCGCUUGUGCAUUGUUCCCAAAAAUCUAAAGAAAGGUUAAAAUGCCUGUAAGAGUUUCACAACAUAUUGGUGAGAAGAGCAGAAAACACAUACUUAAGUGGCAGAAUGGUGUACUUGAGAAAU